AUGAACCCUCAAAGUAACAAUGUUUCAAACACCCAACCUCCCAAUAAUUCUUCUUUAGAAGAGAACUUUUAUUCUAAAAUUGAAUUUGUUCUUCAAUUUUCACAGGAUCGAAGGGAAAAAAAUAGCCCGGCGUAUCAUACUUAUAACCGACUAAAACAAAGAGCAUAUAAGAAACGUAAGAAAAAAGCUCAAGCCUUCGCUUUACUGGCUGCUACCUCUGGUCUUUCGAGUCCUCAUACUCAAGAAUCACCUCAUAAUAAACCAAUUUUAUCAAGUUCUUUACCAUCAUCUAAAGUUUCAGUGAAAUCUUCUUCCUUUCCUUAUUCUUCUCCUUCUCAUUUAUCCGGUCAUUUCAAGGCCAGUCAUCCAUCGAUUGAUUCAAGAAACCAUUUUCCACCGCAACUUCCUCCUCUAAAUCCAUGUCCUUCUAAUCAACAGCCAUUACUUUUUCAAAACCCAGUUCCUCAAAUUCAACAGCAACGUUCUGUGCCCCAAAUUCAACAGCCGUAUCCGGGGUCCCAAAUUCUUCAGCCAUAUCCGGGAUCCCAAGUCCCACAGCCAUAUCCGGGAUCCCAAGUUUCACAGCCAUAUCCAGGGUCCCAAAUUCCUCAGCCAUAUCCAGUACCCCAAAUUCCUCAGCCAUAUCCGGUAUCUCAAAUUCCUCAGCCAUAUCCAGUAUCCCAAAUUCAACAACCAUAUCCAGGAUCCCAAGUCCCACAGCCAUAUCCGGGAUCCCAAGUUUCACAGCCAUAUCCAGGGUCCCAAAUUCCUCAGUCAUAUCCAGUAUCCCAAAUUCCACAGCCAUAUCCCAUUUAUACGCGACCUCCAUUACCGAUCCCAGAGCCUGAUGUUCAACACUAUCCUAUUUCUUUAAAUACACAGCAAAAACCCACACCUGAAAUUCGACAAACAGUUUUACCUUCGACUUCAGAAAUAUACUCAAAUUGUAACAGAAACUCUAUGCCAGCUGUAUCCAGCGCUCAUGGUAAUGAUCCAUUUUUGUCGUCUAAUCUUACAAACAUUCGAAAUCAACAUCAAAACGAACAAUUCAGAACAUCCCCUACAUGUAAUCAACAUAAUUACUCAUGUAUGGAGCUCUCCAAGACCACUGCUCAGCAGAAUUAUCCACGGAUGGAGUCCUCCAUGAUGCCUACUCAACAGAAUUAUCCACGGAUGGAGCCCUCAAUGACGACAACUCAACAGCCAACCAAGCGUGUUGUUAUAGAUCUUCGUCACAUUGAUUUGGAUGCAGAAGAUUCAAGUUCUGAUGGCUCUUAG